AUUCCACGCAGGUUCUCAGAUUGUGCCUUUCACAUCCUUCCCUCCGCUUUUCCUUGCAGAAAGUGUUAGAAACGAUACGGAAUUCCGCUUUUCUCUCGACGCCAUAUCCACUAGUGAUAUUUCUCUGGUUGGACCUCCUCGGGUCACAAGAGCAGAACUACUUGGCAGUUGUACUGCAAGAAUACUUGGGAGAAUGGUUGCUAUGCCCUCCUUUGCCAAAAUUUGAACCACUGGAACAAAUAAAAGGAAAAUACGUUUUACCGUCUCACAUAUCGAUGCCAUCUCCCGAAACCUUGAAGCACAAGAUACUUUUAAAUAUCGUUCACUCGAAUAUCGGUAACGCAAAAAGCGCCUCUUUCAUGGACAAAACAAGUGGAGAGAGAAUGAACACGGGCACCCCUUCUGUCAUUGAAGAACGGUGGAGCAGCAAUAAGGCUUUCAGACGCUCCCCUUUAACCGUUGUGGUUACGGAUCCGGAUGGAGAGGAGAAGUUGGCCAGACAGGACACAGGAUCCAUGGAAAGCACAAGUGAAAGUGACUUUUUUAAGUCCCGAAGCUUUAACCCUCGAAUUGGUCAAGGUCGUUUGCUUCCCACCAUGCAAACACAUCCUAGAUUAGCACGGCUAGCUGCGCUACUUUGUCCUGAACCUACACCAUCAUCAUCUCGGCUACUGUUCGAGCAUUACCAUGCGGCCACGCGCGCAACUUCCUCAGCUGAUGAAGAUAGGCAAAAGUGGGAAACCAGGUGGAAUUUCGGAAGAACCCAGCAAGAAUCUAUCGGUAGGACUCCGAUGCUGCAUGAAAGUGACACUUCCAGUGCUCAGCUUUCAGGUAUGGCCAAGGACAAUUGCUUUUUCGACAAACCGUCCGAACUGGAGGUUGUGGCCUUGCUCUCAAGUUUGGCCUAUGCUCGUAACGUUCGAAUGGGACACAUGGCACGCAAAAAGCGACUGUUACGUCGUUUAAUGCGCGUGGCGUACGGAAACAAGACAAAGAAUCAACCACUCUAUCGCGGUAGUCAAAGAAAUACUUUGCCAACUGAUGCUGCAAAAGGUCAACCACUGUCUCCCCAACCCGAGAAAUCUUCCGAUUCUCAUGAAAACCGUGGCAUUCGCAAAUGGUUCUCAAGACAGCGCAAAUUUCCUUCUAAAUUAGAGAAUAUUGCGUCAACAAGGCGUCCAAGCGGUAUCACAGUAAUCUUUCCGUCUGUUCGGCGUUUAUCCGAAUGUCCGUCACUUAAACAGGAGAAAUCAAGUCUUCCCAGCACUCCUGGGACCGACCUCGGGUCCUCGGUAUCAAAAAAGUUUGCAAAUUUCUGCCGCCGUGUCAGUGUUCGAUCUGGUCACGGAAGAGUGUCAACCUCAAACUCCUCGAAUGACAAAACAAACGAAGUCCAGACAAAAAGCUUUCUGGCGGAUCAAGUAGAAUAUAAAGCGGUGAUGCCAAAUGAAAUGAUGAGUAAGAGUGAUUCUCUAUCGUCGCCUGUUAACUUAUCUGAUCAAUCGCUAAGACAAUCCUUUCAUCCGGAAAGAACUGGGGUGGCAAAUACACCUUCGGGUUCUCUUGUCAGCUACGAGCUGCAGCCACGGUCUCAAAGUCACACAGGAGUUGCCAUGAAACUCAGCUGUGGAAAUUGUUCGUGUAGUAGCGGUAGUCGUAGCAGUCGUGGCUCAUCGUCGGACUCCUUAUCUGGUUCUUCAAUCGGCAGUGAAACAGGUGCAACCGCCAAUGUGAGAAAUUUAUCACACCAGCCACCAAAGUCAGCUUACAACUACCCCAUGGGAACAAUGCAAUUGGUCCAAGGUAGCGCGUUCAGCCGCGGAUCACCGGCGGUCUUUUCCGCUGGAGCGAAUGCCCGAAACACGUUAUCGAGUUCAAAGAAAGUAGCAAGUGCUUCUCCAACAAGUGUCUCUUCGUCGUCCCAGUCGAAUGAUGAAGAUGACACCUCAUUUACCUCAGGAUGCUCAUCCAGUGACUUCAAUACUUACAGAUUCUCAGAUCGCCAUUCAAGGAGCAUACCAAUCACAAACAACGCCCAUACUGUUGGCCACACAGAUACAAAGAUUGUUACCAAGAAUCUGCAUAAACGCAGUGGUCUGGUAGCCCAAAAGGUGGACUGUGUCAGUUCCAAUGAGAGCGGAGGCAGUAGUAAACAUGUACAUUCCGAGUCACCUUGGAGCACAUCUGAUUCGGAACACAGCGAUGCGCAGAUGAAGGACAGCAGCAAGGUAAGCAGUGUUGUGGAAAGCGAUCUCUGGGCUCAGUCAAUUCAGUGGUUGGCGAAAUGCAGAGUGGCUGUUGCGACCAGUGCCCAAAUUCAACAAAUACUGAGGUGCAGUAUAACUACAAGGACCCUAAGCGAAUAUGCAAAACAUCGACUGGUACUCGUGUCCACAGUACUGAACAAAUGCACUUGGAAAAUGCAACAGCUCCUACACUCUGUCGGAUGUCAACUUGUUCCAGUGGGAGUUGUCCCAAGCUUGGGAAAAGGAAAGGAUACUUCCUCACCGCAUCAUGAAUUGCCAAGCGUUAGACGGCAAGUGAAAAAUGCUUACUUUUGGGAAGCAAUGCAACAACAACAACCCACUUGUGAUGGGUAUCUGCUCAAGCCUGCGAGACUUCGCAUGAAAACCAUCAAUCGGACACACCGGUACCCGGAUGAGUGGAUGACUGCUCACCCGUUUCACUCCAAUGCAAACAAGCACGGCAGUCAUGAUGAAGUUGCUCCGCGGUCACUUCUUCAAACUCCAUCUAAAUGGCCUUACACACCUUGCGUCUGUUGUUAUGACCCCCUUUCAGAUGAAACGAGCUUUCACUACUUGAGACAACUUUAUAACCAAGGUGGACCAAAAACCUCCUACUGGCCAUCAUCCGUUACGUACGAUCAGCUACUGCCACGUAACUUGACUCUACAAAUUCUGAAUUGCAUGGGUUCAGCUUACCUUGUCGGUUCUUACGAAAAGAUGGAUGGGCCCACCAGUCCAAAGAUGAGCACAAGCUACUCACACAAGCUCCCGAGGCGUUACCAUCGAGCUGCCAGUUCCGUUGCACACACAAACACGGAUGUCAAAUCUCAGCCUUCAAAGGAAUAUCGCCUUUGUUCAUCGGGUGAAGAUGAUUACGAUAAUUAUCCUUUCGUGGAUUAUUCGAAAAAGGGCCGUAAUGGUACCAGAGGCAAGAAGUCUCAAGAACACUGUGAUCGCGAAAACAGGAUACAGUUUCUGGCAGAAAAGAUUUGCCCACUGGAAGAAACCCAACAACAAGGACAUGUGACUAAACUGAUGAACUGGAUUUCCCAGGAAACGCGGGAUUCUGAUGUUUGUCCUAAAUUGUCUCACUCCCAAACGGUGCACAAUGUUACAAGUCUUACGUCUUAUGAUCCGCAGUGUCAUUCGAGCGGCGAUCUAUUUGGGAGCUGCCACUCUCUAUGCACAGGCACAUACGGAUACAGGAUUCACUUCGAUGGAUGGAGAACAGAAUUUACUCGCAUGACAAUACCCGAACAAACCAUCAUUCGACUAAGAGCCGUCCUAUUCUCCGAGGGGAAAAAUUUCAAACCUUUGGCGUCUGGUUUCUUGACACUUAACAGCCCACUCGAUCAUAGCCUAAUGGGAUACCACCACCUUAACCUGUUACUAGAAGAGGAACCGAAUCAAAAAACUGCACCUACUGCUGAGUUGCCAAAACCCACCUCUUCUCAUCACUAUCGACAUAGUCAACUAAGAAAUACACUGGGGUUGCCAAUAUUUUGCAAGGUGAAUUUGGAUGUCUACACACCCUGUUCUCUUGGUACAUUAGUCGAUGCCGUCAGUUGUGAAUUUUCUAGUCGUGGAGGCAGCUUGAGUAGGAAAUCCGCCGGUUCGCACAGCUACCCUGAAACUCAGGAAGCCACCAAUGACGUAAAACGUACAGACAGAUGAACAGAAUGAAAACCAGUGAAGAGCGUUCGCAGCAACUCUGAAGUUUGGAGCCAGAUUUCACAAUAUAAAGUCACUGUGCUUGUGAAAAGACGAACGUGCCACACCCUGAGCCAUAUGUACCCGAAAUUUUUAUAAACUAACGGCUAAAUUAUUUUGCACACUUCUAUCUGACAUGGGUGGUUUGUCAAAUGAAGCCUUUUUCUCAC